AUGGCGACCGCCGAGCCCGGCCCGAGCCCGCCGUCCCAGGCGGCCCCGCGCAAGCCCGCCUGCGCCGUCACCUUCGGCCGCUCCACCCUCCUCGGCCGCCACCUCGCCGCCGCGCUCGCCGCCUCCGGCCGCUGGUCCGCCGUCGCGGUCCUCGACCCCUCCCCGCCGCCCGCCGCCCCGCCGGCAGCCCCGCUCACCCACAUCUCCAUCGACCUCUCCGACCCCGCAGCCCCACUCGCCCUCGCCGGUGUCGCCGCCGUCUUCCACGUGGACCCCACCUCCGCCGCCGCCGACGGGUCCUUCCUGCCGCUCCACCGCCUCGCGGCCGAGGGCACCAGGCGCCUCCUCGCCGCCUGCCGCGCCGGCGGCGUGGCCAGGCUGGUCUACACCGGCUCCGCCGACGUGGUCGCCGCCGGCGCGCUGGACGUGGUCGACGCCGACGAGGGCUCGCUCACCUACCCCGACAAGUUCGGGGACGCGGCGAGCGAGCUGCGGGCGCAGGUGGAGAUGAUGGUGCUGAGUGCGGACGGGAACGGCGGGAUGCGGACGUGCGUGCUGCGUCCCAGCAAUCUGUUCGGGCCUGGCGACUCCAGCCUGGUGAGGCUCGUUGCUGGAUACGCGAGGUCUCCCUUGAGCAAGUUUGUAAUAGGUAGUGGCGGUAACAGGUCUGACUUCACGUAUGUGGAAAAUGUUGCACAUGCCAACGUUUGUGCCGAACAAGCUCUAUGUUCAGAUACCGAUUCUGUUGCUGGAAAGCCCUUUUUUAUUACUAACGGUGCCCCUGUCAAAACAUGGGAGUUUAUGUCCUGCAUGAUGGAAGCCAUGGGUUGUCAGAGGCCCAGGAUUAAUCUUCCUGCCAAGGUGGUCUUGUUUGCUGCCGAGUUCUCCAAUAUGAUUCAUCACAGAUUGGGUUUGCAAAUGUCAUCCUCUCCACUGCUCUAUCCUGAUACAGUAUACUUCUUGUCACGCACAAGAACUUUUAACACUUCAAAAGCUAGAAAGCUUCUUGGAUAUGACCCAAUUGUAUCAUUGGAGGAUGGAAUUAUGAAAACUGCUGGGUCAAUUUCAGAACUACCAGAUAUUUUGGAUCUAUCGGUGAAACAAAGUUCUUCUGGACCAUCAAAAGCUGAUAAGCUGCUAGGUGGUGGAAUAGCUGCUGAUAUUCUCCUUUGGAGGGAUGAAAAGAAAACCUUUUCAUAUAUCACAUUAGUGUUUCUGCUGUUCUACUGGUUCCUUCUGUCGGACCGAACCUUUGUCUCCUCAUCUGCCAAAAUUCUUCUAGUGAUCUCCCUGGCUCUUUACAUCCAUGGUGUGCUACCUUCGAAAGUGUUUGGUUUUGCAGUAGAGAAGGUUACUCCUGAUUAUUUUGAAGUAUCAGACUCAACGUUGAGGAAUCCAAUUGUGCACCUGGCUUCUCUAUGGAACGGAGGUAUUCAUAAGUUGAGGGUUCUAGCAGAAGGUGAUGACUGGGGUACCUUUUUGAAGGCUGUUGUCUCCUUGAUCUGUAUCAAAGUAAUGUUGAACCUCCAAUUUAGAGUGCUGGUGGGUCUUGUACUGGCAUCCUUGUUCAUUGUCUUCAUUGUCUACGAACAAUGUGAGGAGGAUAUCGACGCUUUGGUAGCUAUUGCUUCUGCCAAAAUCAAAUCCCUGGUAGACAGAGUGGUUAGAGAGUUGCCGGCACUUCGGAAUGUGCUGGUCUCUUUGAAGGUGUCCUAUAUUAUAGAGAUAAUGUUGGCCAUGAGUGUCUGAUGCUCUGUGACUGCACUAUGCUCAGUCCCUGGAUUUCUACUGCAGUUGUCCAAGAUUCUAUCCCCAGGAGAAGCGUUGCUGACUAGUGUGAGAGAUGCCCGUUCUAUCGUUGGAACAUUCUGCCUAUCGGCCUUGUGUGUAUCUAACAUUUUGUUCAAAGAAUGCUAAGAUGUCAACUGCUUAGUUAUAGCUGUGCUUACUCGGCACCGUAGUGGAGUUUAUAGAUUUGUAGUAUAUCCCUCCCGUCAACGUUUGCAUGUGUGGUUUUGUGAACAAUGUAACGGAUAGUCUUAGCCGCAGAGUUAUUGGUGUUUAACAAUUACAAACUUUUAACAAAUUACAUGUGAAGUUCCUGCUUUCUUCAACGGCUCA